CUCACAACGAAAGCAACAAUUAAUACGAGAAAACAUCAAUCCGGAGGCAUCAAUAACGUGCAAAACACGCAGUAGUCUGUGUUGGUGUAGUGCAGUGCAGCGCAAUAGAGCAAAAGUAAGAAGAAGAUAAAAGUACCAAAGCGCGCAGUACAUCGUCCGUUAACCACUUCAAUGCUGUAGAUCACAUAAGGAUCUGUAAUUCGCAAUAGCGCCGGAACAAGGUUGUGUGUGUAUUGAAUAGAGUGAAGUGCACUGACGUAGCAGCAAACGAAAGAAACCUGCUGAUAAUGCUAUCGCGCAUCGGUGGUGGCCAUCAGGUGCAGCAAUCUUCGUCGGCUCCACCAUCUCCUCUGGCUAUAACGAUGGCAAGCAAUCAUCACAAAGUGUCACAUGAGGUGGACGAUUUAAAUGAGUAUUUAUCUGAGUACAAGCUGCAGGCACCGAUUGAACCCAUCACCCAUUAUGCCGAUGGAGAACUCGAAGCAGAAUGGCUUAAUUCGGCAGGAUUUUCACAGCUAACCAAAGCAUUCGAAGAUGGUCGCGAGCUGUCAGCGACGGAACUAGCUCCGGUCAUCUCUGGUCUAUCAAACACGCACGCGGAAGCGGUAAAGCAGCGCGUGAAGGCACUCAACCGCACUGUACGUGGCCACACACGCAACCGAUCGACGAAGAAGCCGGACAUACGAGACGUAUUUCGGGAUCAAGAUUCUUUCAGCACGGGUACCCGUUCACGCAGUGCCACACCUGACUCACUUGAUUCGUUACCAGGGGACGAUACUUGGAAUACACCAUCGCGCAAUCACCCUCACAUACCACGUUUUGUUUCCGUGUUCGAGGGUUAUGGUGUUGUUCGUCCGACCCCGAUCCGUGGCAAACAAAAUCUCCGCCGCACACCCAGUGCACCAUUGCGUGGUUCCGCUGAACUGUUUCGUGGAUCGCACAUUCGAUGCGAUAUCCCAAUUCACAACGAGGGCAUUGAAUUGCUUAACUUCCAAAGACUGGGAACGAUUCACAUACCAAGGAUUCGAUCCGGUUCGGAUCCGUCAUGUACGAUCGGACCCCACGCAGGUCAGCACAUUUCCGGCACUCGUAGCCACACCAACUUAUACAACGGCACGUCCGUUGUCCGUCGGGACAAUGACGACUCUGGCAACUCGUCCUCGGAACAGAGCCCGCCGAGCUCGCCACCACGCAAUAGUCUACUAAGCUCAGUGGAGAACUCACCGCUUCGCUCGUCAUACGAACCGGUCAGCUUCGAGAGCAUGAUUAAGCAAACGAUCCCUUCGGCCACGGACCAAUGGCAACAGCUGCCGGAAAGCUCCCGUGAACCCUGCCUCGACAUAAACGAGAUAUCGGAAGGUGAGCAAAAGCGGUUACAACCGUUGCUGUGGCUCGAGUUGGCCUCGCUUUUUGACAAAAAUCACGUGUCACUCGACAAGCGGAAACCAUUCAAACGAAAGCGUAAAGAGGAAGGCAAUGUGUUUGGCGUAUCGCUGAACGCACUCGUUCGGCGUGAUCAACAGGUCACUGGUGAGGAUACGGCCUUGGUGCCACUAGUACUGCAGGCUAUAUUGGCUGAGCUGGGAGUGCGCGGUGCUAAAGAAGAAGGCAUUUUACGAGUACCAGGCCACAAGCAGAAGAUCGAAGCGUUGUACCAUGAGAUUGAACAUAAUUUUUAUUGCAAGCUAGAAAAGAUCAAUCCACUAAUCAAGAAGGCAGGAGUGCAUGAUCUUAGUGCACUCUUGAAGCGUUGGUUAAGAGAGCUGCCUCAGCCACUACUGGCCAACGAUCUAGUACACCUUUUUUAUCAAACGAAUGUUCUACCUCCACACGAUCAGUAUAAGGCAUUGGCAGUACUUUGUCAGUUAUUACCACACGAAAAUCGCAACACAAUGCGUGAACUACUAAGAUUCUUCCGUCGAGUAGUGGAGUUCCAAGAACUGAACAAAAUGUCCCAACAAAAUGUUGCAACGAUCAUUGCACCUUCGUUCUUUCCUCCAAGAUUUGUUCACCCACCAGAUAAGAACGAUAUUGGGGCGCAAGUACGUAUGGCUGCCCAAUGUUGCCAUUUAACUAACGUACUAAUAACCAUGACGGACAGCUUGUGGUUGGUGCCGGAACGUCUAAUUGAACAAGGCAAGAUGAUUAAUAAAAAUGGACAGCCUAAGCGUCAGCUAACGCGGAAAACCAAAAAUGGAAAUGUCGUAUCGGUAAAUCGCAGUGACACAACAAAUGACGGUGAUUUUGUGUUCGAUACCAACCAUAUUCAUCGUUUAGUGAUAUGAUCAGCGAGAUUGCAGCACCGGCCCAUCUCAAUAUGGAAACUAGGGAUUCACCACCAACAAGCUUUAUCUUUCCACCAACGACAUAAAAACCAAGAACCUAACGCUAAACCACUUACACAGAUACUUAGUUACUUAGUUGAACCUUAAAAAGUAGUUGCUAAACGAAACAUAGUCAAGGUGCUCUCGUCAAUCGACCGGUACUAAUUUUAACUGUACGCCUGUGUCUGCAUUAGAUCGCUCUAUUACCCAUAUACCUCAUUAGGCAAUAGGAACAGUGUAUUCGGUCAUUUUAAGUGCUCUAAAUUAAAGAACAGUGUAAAUAAGUAAUGCAAUCUGACAACCAUUGAAUACCAUUGGACAGUAAUUGCAAGAGUAAAUGGAGCUUGUAUUAGAUUCAAACAAAAUUAUAUAUUAUAAUCUGUGUGACGCGUGUUUACCAUUGUUUGUGCUAGUUGUUCAUGCAUUCAUCAUACUGGUCAUAUAGACAUUAAUUAUGCUAGCGUCAGUGCUUCGCACAGCCACACAAAGUGUUAAUUUGUACAAAAUAAUUACAAAAUUCGAGCAUGCAAUUGUGUAUUCUGUUUAAGUAAGGAUAUGGAGUAUUCUAUUCCUAUCACUCGUUGCAUCGGAAAGUUAGAAAGUUACGUAUAUUUUCGUUACUUUUCAACAACAUUUAAUUUGCUCAAUAUCAACCUCUCAUCUAGGGCAUCGUUCAGUAUUGUUAUUGAUGUAUUCUGGUAUUGGGUAUUCUGUUUAAGUAGUUUAAAUGUUAAUUUUUUUUUGGGCGACCCGGUGGUGUAUUGGUAGCGGCGCCGGUCUUUACACGACAGGACCGGUAAAAAAAUCCCAACCGGACCAAUCCUCCGUACGCUUUACUAGCUAUCCCGCUACGGGUAAUUAAAGUCAAAGUAAGCCAGAAAUGUCAGGCCAAGACCUCUUGAGGUUGUUAUGCCGACGAUGCAGAAGAAGUGUUAAUUUGUAUAUAGGUGCUAAAUUCGAACAUAAGUUUGUAUAUUCUGUUUGAGUAAGGAUAUGGAGUUUUAUUCCUAUCGUUUGUUGCAUCGGAAAGUUUGAAAGCUUAAAAAUAUGUACAUUUUUGAUACUGAUAAAUAACAUUUAGUUUGCUCAAUAUCAACCACUCAUCAAGGACAUCGUUCAGUAUUGUUAACUGAGUUAAUGCGAGGGUGUUUGUAUUUUUUCUACAGAGCGAUAAUGCAUACGACAUAUCAAGUGAAACAGAUUAAACGAUUGUCUGUCAAUAGCAAGACAUAUCAUAGUACUAUGAACCUAAAGAUUUAGAGCAUGAAUGCGUCUUGAAGAAUCAGGCAAUCCUCAUUGGAAGUUAUGGAUAACUAAGGAUAACUACACUUUGUUCUGGAAAAUAGUCAACGGAAAUAUUUAUUAUAUAAAGCAGUUGCCUCAAAUUUAUAUGAAUAGCCUUAUGCAUAUAUGUGUUCAAUGUGGUGAGUUUUAAGGUUAUACUUUUAAUCAGAUAACCUUAUUCAACUUUUAUAACAAUUUUUUCCGCGGAGUUACGCGGAUAAUCCAUCACGCCAUCCACUAGAGCCAUUCACCUAGCUCAAAUUUCAGCAAUAACCAAUAAUGGAGAAUGUGAUGAACAUGUCGCAGCAAAUAAAAGAUUUUUUCCAUAGCAGUGUGUAUGUGGCAUAAUAUUUUUUUAUUAUUUAUUUCCAAUAUUCAUUGAGCCGAAUGUAGCUGCCCAGCUCAAAGUCUCUAUAAAAAUAACAAACAACAACAUUCCCAAUAUGCUUUAAUAGCAUGAACAGUGUGGUGGACGUUCUUAAGCAAAUGUACAAAACUCAACUAUCUGGUAUUGCGCCCCGAAUUAUAUACAUAUUAUGUAUCCGAGCGGAAAAGGUUUCCACGCCAAAACUAUGAUGCAUAUGGUUAUACUGAUAGUAUUCAAUCACAAUUAACUGAUAGUUUCCAACAAUUGAAGGGCCCGAAGUCGGUUUAGUAUUUCAUGAGAUAAAAACUUAAUAGAAAUAGUUACUAUUUUACAUAAAAGUUUAUAAUCAAUAUAAUGUUAUAAGCGUGCAGUGGAGGAUCAAUCCCCUUGGAGGUCCCAGGGCGCAAUUAUAGUUGGGGCCUCUAAUUUAAAAAACGAUAAAGAAGGGGAGGGGCAUUGAGGCUCUUGAAUUGAGACAAAGCGAAAAGCGCAGUAAGUAGGGGCCUACUUCGCCUACCGUUUGAUCCGCCGCUGGGCCGCCCUAGUCGUCUUCUUCACAACGAUGGCCUGGGCCAUCAUCAUCUUCGAAUACAAUAUCGGAACCGGCUAUAUCACCAGCAACACCAGUUACCACUGUAUCUGUACUCUUUUAAAUGGAGCUACAAUCAUACGUGCGCCAACUUCGAGAAGCUGCACGUGGUGGAAUUUACAACUACAGCAUCCAAGGAGCACUUUGCCAUCAAAUUGCUUCGCUCGCUGUGCUUCCGGGAGAUUCGCCAUGCAACGCCAGAUGGAGCCGAAUGCAGAGGAAAAUUCAUGCAAUCAAAUUACUCCACGUGAAUAUGGCGCAUAUUGCAUAUCCUGGCGGGAUAUCACUCAUUCUCUGAUGCAUUUUGCCGGGUGACUGUUCCAGCAGUACUGUGUCGACCAGUACAGCAAGGUCGGCCUGCAAUGCAGCGUCUGAAAUAUAUGGCAGAACGUUGGGCACAGCUUCGAACCAAAAUGUACGCGGGAUUGAUAGAUCUUGCUAGUGCUGAACAAACCGUAACAGAUCUGCAACCACAUUUGUCCAAUUUGCCUAUGGAAGUACCGGUGCAAGAGUCGGUUCCUGUCGCACGUCGAUCGAUCGAUCCACAAAACAUCUUUCGUACGGGUUGUCCUUGGACCAUCAUUGUGGGCGGAUACAUGAGGCACAGUAUCAAAACUCAAUGGUCAUUGUUCGUGCUUUGGGCAAACCAGAUCUGUUCAUCACCGUGACUUGUAAUCCGAGUUGCCCGGAAAUAACACGAAGCCUCCUACCGGGACAAUCUUGAUAACAGGAAUAUAGUCCAGUACGUUUUGCAAUACAGAAUGGGCGAGUUACUAAGUUGUUAAUUUUUAAUAUUUUAUUUAUUUGUUAUAUA